GUCCAUGGAAAUCGUAUGAAAGGGGAACAGAGAGCCGUUCGUAGAUUUUUUAGAUUCAAGAACGACUCGAUCCACAAUAAUCACCCGAUUCGUAUUUAUUGCAUCCGAUGGAAGUUGCAAAAGCCGUGGCCACGAAUUUGAGCACGGCGGCCAACUCGACAGUACUUAGAACCGUGGCGUCAUCAACAUCGUCGAUAAUCGGUGCGGCGGCAGCAGCAGUGGCUGAGGCUCAGCCGUCGGCCUCUCCAUCCACAUCUUCAUCAUUUCUACUGCUGGAAGUUCCAUUCCGUCACUUGCUCCGACUACAACCACCACCAUAUUUUAUUGCCGGAACAAGACGGAUGGCAGCUCAGCUUGAUGUUACGACACUGAUUGCCAUCGUUGGCUUCGUCUUCGUAUUUUGCCUCUACCUUAUUCACAUUAUUGCAUUGUCUUAUUCAAAAUAUCGAUUACAUCACAAAGUGAAAGAAGAUUCAUCGCUUCCUGGAGUUUCUAUAAUUAAACCAAUUGUUGGAAAAGAUAAUAAUUUAUACGAGAAUAUAGAAUCAUUUUUCACCACACAAUAUCACAAAUAUGAACUUUUGUUCUGUUUCAACUCUUCAGAUGAUGAAGCUGUGGAAGUUGUGAAGUGUCUCAUGAAGAAAUAUCCGAAGGUUGAUGCGAAACUUUUCUUUGGAGGUGAAACCGUUGGACUGAAUCCAAAGAUCAACAACAUGAUGCCUGCGUAUCGUUCUGCACUUUAUCCGCUGAUAUUAGUUAGUGACAGUGGAAUAUUUAUGCGUUCAGAUGGUGUUUUGGAUAUGGCCACAACGAUGAUGAGUCAUGAGAAAAUGGCAUUAGUGACACAGACACCGUAUUGUAAGGAUCGAGAAGGUUUCGAUGCGGCUUUUGAGCAGAUGUAUUUUGGAACUUCUCAUGGACGUAUAUACCUAGCUGGAAAUUGUAUGGACUUUGUCUGUUCCACGGGAAUGUCAUCAAUGAUGAAGAAAGAAGCACUUGAUGAAUGUGGUGGCAUUUCUAAUUUUGGAGGAUAUCUUGCAGAGGACUACUUUUUCGGAAGAGAGCUCGCAAAUCGUGGUUACAAAUCUGCAAUAUCAUCUCACCCAGCUCUCCAGAACUCAUCAUCAGUAUCGGUUUCGUCAUUUCUCGAUAGAAUUUGCAGAUGGGUCAAGUUAAGGAUUGCCAUGUUGCCACACAUUCUUCUCGUUGAGCCAUUGCAGGAUUGCUUCCCGUCUGGUUUAAUCAUGGCAUUCAGUUUGAAUCAUUUGGUAGGAUUGAAUAUAAUGCCAAUAUUGAUACUUCAUACUAUCUACUGGUUCAGUAUGGAUUACUCGCUAAUGAACAGUAUGCAGAAUGGCAAAUUGAGCUUCUCUCCACUUCAAUUUAUGCUCAUUUGGCUUUUGCGUGAGCUCACCGCUCCUUUCGUCUUUAUCAAAGCUCUUUUACAACCAACAAUUCAAUGGCGAAACAAUGUUUUUCAUUUGGCAUGGGGUGGACAGAUACUUCCACCAAAAUGUUGAUUGUUUCAUUUAUUCAUUUUAUUUCCAAAUUUCACUAACCCCAAAUUCAUCAUUCUUGUCUGUGAUUCUGUUUCUCAACAUUAUCGUAAAUCCUCUCACUACAUCAUCUGAAUCUUUAAAGUCCGGGUUGUUGUCUCUCCAUCAGUUACAUUGUUAGCUUCACUCUCCUAUGCUAACUGUCUCACAUUACGGGUGACAUCUGAAAUACCAUCUUCUGUGCUAUUAAUACAUACACGAUGGCCUAAUAAAAUAUUCAGAUUCG